AUGGUGGUCGCUUGUCUGCUCUUCACCAGCAUCUGGGCUGUUGCAUCAGGCUCCGUGCAGGUGAUGCACAGAAAGGUCCAGUCAGUCCAGGCAGGAGAAAACGUUACCUUUUCAUGCCGGUUGGUCACGAAAGAAGAUGUGCUACAGGUGACCUGGCAGAAGGAGACGGACGGAGCUGAAGACAACAUAGCAACUUACAGCACAAUGAAUGGCAAAAAGAUAGCAAAGGGCUACGUUGGCCAUGUGAGCUUUGCCCACAGUGAGUUACAAGCCUCAGCCAUCUCCCUUCGUGCAGUCACUCUCCAAGAUGAAGGAUGCUACAAGUGCAUCUUCAACACUUUCCCCUCUGGGGCUGUCACCGGCAGGAUGUGUCUCAAGGUUUACGUCAUCUCAGACCCCAAAGUGGAAGCUAAGCUUAUAUCCAGUCCAGACAAAGCUGAGGGCUCUGAGAAAGUGGUGGAGAUGAGCUGCUCAGCAACAGGGAAACCAGCUCCAAAAAUCACCUGGCAUCUUCCGAGCAUCCUCCAGCAGAAACCAAAGGAGUACCACAUCAAGCUCGGCAACGAGACUGUGAUUGUCAUCAGCAAUUUCACCCACUCCCACUCCAAAAUCCUCAAGGAGUAUCCCAUCACCUGUGUGAUCCAACACCCCUCUCUAAACAUGACCCUGGUCCUGCCCAUGGACACUGUGGUGCAGGGUUCAGACAUCAGCGUGAUGCCAGCCGUUGCCAUUGCAGUGGGGGUACUGGUCCCCCUAACUUCCCUCCUCCUUCUUGCCUGCCUCCUCCAUCGCUGCCUAAGACACCUACAUGACCCAGAAAGAAACCCAGCCUGGCGAUGCUGGGUGCCAUGCCUCUAG